AGCUGCUGUCUCUGUGUGCAUUUGCUCUAUAGUGUUAUUACAGUUGAUGCGGGAGCUAUGUAGAUGGUGCUAAGGAUGUCUUUAAAUACAUCCAGUGAUAGUCAUUUCUAGCAACACACUGCCUGUACAUAUUAUUGGUAUACAGCAGAAAUCUAAAGGGAUUGUGUGCUGUUCUCUUGCAUUUUUAUCUUUGGUCGGGAGUGUUAAAUCAAAGAAACGCGAAUCAAACCAGAGAGAGACCGUUAAGGAUUUUCUUUUUUCUUCUUUUCUUCUUCAUUUCACCAGAGUGAAAUAAACAUGGCGAGUGAUUCUCCGGCUCGCAGUCUGGAUGAAAUAGACCUCUCCGCUCUGAGGGACCCUGCUGGUAUCUUUGAAUUGGUAGAGCUUGUUGGAAAUGGGACAUAUGGACAAGUGUAUAAGGGUCGCCAUGUCAAGACCGGACAGCUUGCUGCUAUUAAGGUCAUGGACGUCACCGGGGAUGAAGAGGAGGAGAUCAAACAAGAAAUUAACAUGCUUAAGAAAUAUUCUCACCAUCGGAACAUCGCCACUUACUAUGGUGCUUUCGUUAAAAAGAACCCCCCAGGAAUCGAUGACCAGCUUUGGUUGGUGAUGGAGUUCUGUGGCGCUGGUUCUGUCACAGACCUGAUUAAAAACACCAAGGGGAACUCUCUAAAGGAGGAGUGGACUGCCUACAUCUGCAGGGAGAUUUUGAGGGGUCUGACUCAUCUUCACCAACACAAAGUGAUCCACAGAGAUAUUAAAGGGCAGAACGUCCUGCUGACGGAAAAUGCAGAGGUGAAGUUAGUUGACUUUGGUGUAAGUGCCCAGCUGGACAGGACAGUCGGUCGGAGAAACACGUUUAUCGGUACGCCGUAUUGGAUGGCUCCAGAAGUUAUUGCCUGUGAUGAAAAUCCUGAUGCUACUUAUGAUUUUAAGAGUGACCUGUGGUCUUUAGGAAUUACAGCCAUAGAGAUGGCAGAAGGUGCUCCACCACUCUGUGACAUGCAUCCCAUGCGAGCCUUAUUUCUUAUUCCAAGGAAUCCAGCGCCAAGAUUGAAGUCAAAGAAGUGGUCCAAGAAAUUCCAGACGUUCAUUGAUAGCUGCCUGGUGAAGAACCAUGGCCAGAGGCCCAGCACUGAGCAGCUGCUGAAACACCCGUUCAUCCGGGACCAGACUAACGAGAGGCAGGUCCGCAUCCAGCUGAAGGAUCACAUCGACAGGACCAAGAAGAAACGGGGAGAGAAAGAUGAGACAGAGUAUGAGUACAGUGGGAGUGAAGAGGAGGAGGAGGAGAAUGAUAUGGGUGAGCCCAGCUCCCUGAUCAACAUCCCUGGUGAGUCAACCCUGAGACGGGACUUCCUUCGCCUUCAGCUGGCCAAUAAGGAGCGCUCAGAGGCUCUGCGCAGACAGCAGCUGGAGCAGCAGCAGAACGAGGAGCACAAGCGCCAGCUGCUGGCCGAGAGGCAGAAGCGCAUUGAGGAGCAGAAGGAGCAGAGACGGAGAUUAGAGGAGCAACAACGUAGAGAGCGCGAGAUGCGGAAACAGCAGGAGAGGGAGCGGCGGCGCUAUGAGGAGAUGGAACAGAUGCGCAGAGAAGAGGAGAGAAGGCAGGCGGAGAGGGAGCAGGAGUACAUUAGGCGUCAGUUAGAGGAGGAGCAAAGGCAGUUAGAGAUCCUGCAGCAGCAGCUUCUGCAGGAACAGGCUCUACUUCUGGAGUAUAAGCGAAAGCAGAUGGAGGAGCAGAGGCAGGCGGAGCGCUUGCAGAGACAGCUGCAGCAGGAGAGGGCCUACUUGGUAUCCCUUCAGCAGCAGCAAGACCCGAAGAAGCCGCUCUACCAUUACAAGGACACAGUGAACCCCACUGACAAACCGGCUUGGGCCAAAGAGGUUCAGCAGCAGUCCUUAAGUAACUCUCCCCGCCUCCCAUCUAAGCAACAGCACUCCACAUCCAAUCAGCAGUGGACGCAGGCAUUCAUGUCUCCAUCAGCUUCCCAUAACCCUCCACAUCAUCCUUGUAACCAAACUCCCUCCAGCAGAUCAAAGCAGAAACGGCCACAGAAACAUAACCUUCCCCAAAUUAAAAUCACAGACCUGGGAAACCACCCAGACAAAGUGUCAAUAGCUGGACUCGAUCUAGCGGAACAGAUUCAAAAGCAUGUCCAGGAACUUAAAUCGCAGAGAGCUGCUGGCAAGUAUGCUCUCUCUUCCAGAGGAUGCAGCCCAGCCAAGCCAGAGCUGGCAGAUGAUGUCCAGCCUUCCGCUGGGUUUAAGAGAGUAAGGCAGCGCUCACACUCUGCUGUGCAAAGAGUAGAGGUUGACAUUGAUGAAGAUCUUUUCUGGAAACAACCAUUUAAUGUGCCACGCACUUCUGCAAGUCUUGAGGAUGAGGAUGCGUGGGAUCUGGGAAUCUUUGGGGCAUGGAAGGUGGAUCUCUCAACCUCUGCCCCUGAGCACUCUUUCAGAGAGAUGAGGGGCUCAAGAGAAAGGCACUCGUAUUCAGAAGCUUCUGGAAAUUGCCGAAAUAUCAUCCAGUUAACGGUGCCUGGUAGUAGGCGUUUUCUUUCCCCAAGAGGUGAAAUUGCUGUUUCCAACUCAGAGAUAAAUCUGUCAGCCUCCACCCCUGAGUACUCUUUUAGACAGAUGAUGGCGCCUAGAGAAAGGCAUUCAUAUUCUGGCAGUGCUGGAAGUUACCGAAGUAUCCAACAAUCAACUCGGAAAUUAAUUCAACGAAUUCCGGCCUCCUUAAAAUGGAUGGGCCUCUCACCCAGGGUGUCUCCCAGGGUUUCCCCAGAAAAUUCCUUAAAUGGCUCUCGCUCUUGCUCCCCUGCUGGCUCCCCUGCUGGCUCCCCAUUUGGCUCUCCUUUUGGCUCUCCUUUUGGCUCUCAGUCACAUCUGUCCCAGUGUAGCCCUGAGAGGUCUCCAAGAGCCAGCCCGGUGGGGUUUCCCAUCCCCUCCUUUGGCAGUUCUUCUAGCUCUUCCAAUGUAUUCCCCUCUCCGACUGAUAACUUUAUCUCUGUGUCCUCCCCUCCGUUUAAUACUUCUUCCCGUAGCCCCUUGCCCCAGUUGUUCCAACCCCUCCACAGGCCAAGAACAAAUCCCUUUGAAAACCAGAAAAGCUCUCUGACUACCAGUGCCACCAAAUGGAAGUUUCAUACCGGGAAGUCACUGAAAGGAAUAUAUCCAAAAGUUGAAGAACGUUCCAAGUUGAACCGGCAGAGCUCUCCAGCAAUGCAGCACAAGGUGGCCAAUAGGAUUUCUGACCCCAGCCUGCCACCGCGGUCGGAGUCCUUCAGCAGCAGUGCCAUCCAGCCGGCCAGAACGCCCCCCAUGCACCGGCAGGUUGAGCCACAGAUGGCUCACUUGGUCCCUCUGAAAUCUCACGGUUCCUCCAUGUCUGGCUCCCAGUCUCUGCAUGACCAGUCUAGCAAGGGGGUCUCUGCCUUCCAGGAGGGCAUCAUCUCACACCGCCCAGAGAUGCCUCGGCAGAACUCCGACCCCACCUCCGAGACCCCGCCCCUGCCCCCCCGCAUCAUCAGCGGCCGGGACGAGAUGUUCGACCGCAGCGCCUGGCUGAGGCAGGAGGAGGACCUCCCACCCAAGGUUCCCCAAAGAACAACUUCCAUAUCUCCUGCCCUGGUCAGAAAAAACUCCCCUGGAAACGGGAGUGGUCUGGGUAGCCGAGCAGCAGCACAACUCAUCAGAGCCAGUAACCCUGACCUGCGGAAGAUGGAGUUGCCCCUGGAGACAGUGUUACAGAGAACCAGCAGCGGCAGCUCGUCCAGCUCCAGCAACCCCAGCUCGCAGGGGGGCUCCCAGCCCGGCUCCAGCGAGAGGAACAGUGUCAGAGGAACAAGUAAAUCUGAUGGCUCUCCCAUAAUGAGUCAGGACCCCUCAAAGAUGAAGCAGGAGGAAGGACGAGAGAUGACCAGACCCAGCCGGCCUGCUAGCUAUAAGAAAGCCAUAGACGAGGACCUGAGCGCUCUGGCCAAGGAGUUGCGGGAGCUGCGCAUUGAUGAGACGAACCGACCACCCAUCAAAGUGACGGAUUACUCUUCCUCCAGCGAGGAGUCCGAGAGCAGCGAUGAAGAGGAGGAAGACCCAGACAAUGAGAUGCACGAUGGCACAGUGCCAGUCAGCGACAUCCCACGGAUAAUGCCCACUGCAGUGCCUGGCAACGAUCCUUACAGCCUGGGGGUGAUGGGAAGCCAUGACGGGUCUCGUGCAGACUCCUUCGGCAGCUCUUCCAGGGACGGCACCUUGGUGAUGAGAGAGACAUUGGGAGAUAGAAAGCAUUCUGGCCAUGCCGAUAGCAAUGGCUUUGCGGGCCACAUCAAUCUGCCUGAUCUGGUUCAGCAAAGCCACUCGCCUGCGGGUACACCCACUGAGGCAUUGGGACGGCUUUCGAGUAUGCAUGUGCAAGACCUGGAUUCGGAAUAUGGGUUUGGCAGUGGCUCCAAAGCCUCCUUCACUCCGUUUGUGGACCCUCGAGUAUAUCAGACAUCACCCACCGAUGACGAUGAUGACACAUCAGCAGCAGCCAUGUUUGCCAAUGAGCUGCUACGACAGGAACAAGCCAAGCUGAGCGAAGCCAGGAAGAUCUCGGUGGUGAACGUGAACCCGACGAACAUACGGCCGCACAGUGACACACCGGAGAUCCGCAAAUACAAGAAGCGCUUCAAUUCAGAGAUACUGUGUGCGGCUCUCUGGGGGGUAAACCUGCUGAUCGGCACUGAGAACGGGCUGAUGCUGUUGGACAGGAGUGGUCAAGGAAAGGUCUACAACCUGAUCAACAGGAGGCGCUUUCAGCAGAUGGAGGUCCUGGAGGGGCUCAACGUUCUUGUGACAAUAUCUGGGAAGAAAAAUAAGCUGCGAGUGUACUACCUGUCAUGGCUGAGGAACAGGGUAUUGCACAAUGACCCAGAAGUGGAAAAGAAACAGGGCUGGAUCACGGUUGGGGAGCUGGAGGGCUGUGUGCAUUACAAAGUCGUAAAAUAUGAAAGAAUCAAAUUUCUGGUUAUCGCUUUGAAGAACUCUGUGGAGAUUUAUGCUUGGGCUCCGAAACCCUACCACAAGUUCAUGGCCUUCAAGUCUUUUACAGACCUACAGCACAGGCCCCAACUUGUUGACUUAACUGUCGAAGAAGGUCAGAGGUUAAAGGUUAUCUAUGGGUCCAGCGUGGGUUUUCACGUGAUUGAUGUGGAUUCAGGGAAUCCCUAUGAUAUCUACAUCCCGUCUCAUAUUCAGAGCAAUAUCACCCCACAUGCCAUUGUGAUCCUCCCCAAGACCGACGGAAUGGAGAUGCUUCUGUGUUAUGAAGAUGAGGGGGUCUAUGUGAACACAUACGGCAGAAUCACAAAAGACGUGGUGCUUCAAUGGGGAGAGAUGCCCACCUCUGUUGCCUACAUCCAUUCCAAUCAGAUCAUGGGCUGGGGAGAGAAGGCCAUUGAGAUCCGAUCAGUGGAGACGGGACACCUCGAUGGAGUUUUCAUGCACAAGCGAGCUCAGCGAUUAAAAUUCCUCAGUGAGAGAAACGAUAAGGUUUUCUUUGCCUCUGUUCGAUCUGGUGGAAGCAGCCAGGUCUUCUUCAUGACCCUCAAUAGAAACUCUAUGAUGAACUGGUAACACACACAUAUGAAUCGACUGGUGGAUUGAUCUUCAAGGAAUUACAUUUGUAGACUUACGGUACUUUUUUUUUUUUUUUUUUAAAGAAAAAACAAAAACAAUAAAAAAAAAUGGCCUUCUUAAAUGUGGAUUUACAAGUCUAAAGGGUGUAUGAACGCCCGUAUAUGACACUUCCCUACUGUUGCACGACCUUCAAGCCAGUAUUGCCUGGACCGCUUGACAGGAUGGGACAACAGAUGUACAAACAGGUUCGAUCUGUGGAGGCUGAAUAAGAGCUGUGCCUCCUGAACUGUGGAUAUGGACACACUGGAAGGCCUUCCUUGGGAGGCCUCUCACAGUCGUUUGGGAUUUAUUUAUUUUUGGCUUCGUUUUUUCUUUGUGAAAAAUAGGAAAGAGUUUUGGCGGAGCCGGGUUGGGGGGGGUGGGGACUCUAUUAUCUGGAAUUGGGGGUACAUGAAAUCGAUCUGCCUGCUGGUAGUCUUGCUUGUAUAGGAGAUAUACAAACGGCGGGAAGCGGGAUUUACAAAAACAAUAAAAAUAAAAAAAAUAGCAGGGGAGCACAAUUAUACAUCGAAAGUUGAUGUUUAAAACUGGGUCGUUUUAAAUUCUUUAACACCCAUUCUCUUAAAGACAGUUGGGUAAGACUAGUUUGUUUUAGGAGGGUAGUUUUCCAUGGCUAAAUGACCAUCUGUCUUUAGACUAUCAAUCUAGAUUAGGUCCUAAUUUUGAUAUUGGUGGUGCAGCUUACUGGCUUGCUGAGGUCGAGUGGUGCCGUUUGCUCAGUAACUAGCAGGAUGAGGCAUGGGCACAGGCAUAUUGAAUGUUGGCCCACAAGAAAAUUGACAAACUCUAAAAGCCAGUGAAAACUAGAAACUAAAAAAAGAAGGCACCCACAAAACUGAUGACUCCCUGUUGGCAAGGCGUUCAGCGAAUCAGACUUUUCAUUUUGUUUUCUUUUAAAUAUCAAGUCUUACCAGAAAAGAGAUAGUCAAGUGUAAUUUGGUAAUAACAUCUUCUCGUCCCAAGAGUGUUUCAAUGCACAAUUUAGAAUGCUUGAGAGAUUACUCGUAUCAGGAAACUACAACUAACUGGCACCAUUUUAUGUGGGGAGGGGUGGUUUGGUGCUAUAUACUGCUGUUUAACUAUUGAAAUCCCCAAGAUUAGCUUAUAUACAAUUAACCCAUAUUGUUACAUUUCUAUAGAUCUAUAAAUGUAUGUUCUUAGUUCAGGUAGACAUUUGCCAUUACAAAUUCCUGUUUCUAAUGGUUACAGUUUAAAAAAAAUAAUAACAAUCGAGUGUCUCCAGAGAAAUGUAAGCGAUUUUUUAAAAUACUUUUUAAAAGUAGCUGCAAGCAUGGCUGCCUGUGGUUUUUAGGGUGUUGUCGCAGAAAAUAAAAGGUUCUGUGUUGCGCUUCCUCUUUCUAACCUACCUCGUUUUGUUUUCUAUUUCUUUUUACAGGUUUCUUUUUUUAUUAUUACUGAGGUGUGUGUGUUUUGUUUUUGACAUUAAAAGAGCACAAGAGUAGCAAUGGCAUCUUAUGCCAAACUGGUCACUGGUUAGGGUAAAAUCAGAAAUGUAGGAGAUUAUUUGGCUUGGAAAUAUGUUUUUGUAAAUGAAUGAAUUCAGUAUUCUGUCUGCUUUGAAUGCAGUUCUUACAGUUCAGUCCUUAAAGGAUAUGACAAAGCAGGAUAUUCUUGGCUAAAGAAAGGAACAUUACCUUUACCUUUUUAUGAUGAGCUUCACUAUUGAGCUUCAUUCAUUUUUUCUAUAUGUCAACUAUACAGAGUUGAGAGGUUAAAGCAUUCCACGCUUGGGCAGUUUGUUGGCAUUUGGCAACAUGCAACACUGAAUAUAGAGAAAAGACGGGUGGAGCGGGGGGUUAAACUUACCACCAUUGAAGCAAACAUCAUACAAAGAGAAAGGCACAGAUAAAACCUCCACUGAAAUUGUAUUUGAAGCUGUAGAGUCGAAACAGGAAAUUAAGAGUUUUAGAAUGAUGCAUUGGGGUUACUAAAGGCUACGUAUUUUAAAAGUCAUAGGAGGUUUGUGAACGCCUUACCAGAACCAGGUUCAGAGUUCGUUGCCUCAGGGUUGCUUCCAUGGAAUAGGCCAGACCAUUGCUUCUCUUGCCCUUUUACUUUUGGCUUAUCUGUUUGUAAGCUUAACAUUUGGUUAACUUAAGUUGCUAACUGAUGUGUUUUUUGGGUUUUUUUGUAUUAUUUUUAACUCAACAGUGGAAACCAGUUAUUUAUUUUUAAUGAGUAUUAUUGUAGGUAUUUGGUACAGUAAAUCAAUAAAGUGGGGAUAUGUUGGAACUAGGGCGGCUGUAAUUGUACAUUGCUUUUGUUAUUGGGGACAGUAUCUUUUUUUUUUUCUUUUUUAGUUUUUAAAAAAAUGUCUGACAUUUUAUUUGACUUAAUAUUUAGAAGACUGCACAUUUGGUGCAGGUGCCAGUGAGACAAAAGACAAAAAUGAAUUCCCAAACUGUGUGCACAUCUUUUAUACAUAGUUUAGUGUUAAAGUACACUGUACAGUAGAAUUGUAGUUUUUAAUGUCUAGGGUCUGCUGCCAGCCUAGACAUUUUAUUAAUGUUUACAUGGAUUUCAUCAACAGACACUCCAUGUGCUAAAAGUUUUACUUGGUACUAUUCCUGUUUUAAAAUCUUGGAAAUGAAAUGGGGGGGGGGGGGGGGCAUGAAGCAUAUUUGUGAUUUGUAAAACAUCUUUUUUCAGUUGUUAUAGAGUUCUUCCUCUUCAAAGCUUGAAAUCAUACCUUCCAUAACAGCUGUUUAUCAACAUCAGAAGAAUCCCAGUGGCCCUGACCAGGAGACCACAGCACACCAUGAAUAUAUUGUCAGUCCUGUGGACUUCUUUCCAAGCAAUGCCUUCCUCAUGUAACGACUAGUUACCUCAUGGGGAAGGUGGAACAGGCUGCCCCAUGAAUACAAAAUUAUUCACAUCUAAACACCUAGACUGAGAAAAGAUAGACCUCUAUUAAAGUAUGGAAUAUAUUUUAAUAAAAUGCAUUUUGUCAUCAUAUAAUCCCAAAACCAUAACAAGACUCAUAAUCCAGUAAGUAAGAUGUAUGGAGUCCUAUUAUGUUUUGACCAAGACGGUUUGGUUUGGCACUGAUAAUGGUUGCACUGACUAUCUGCAACGAUUCAGACCAUGUCUAGGGGUUCCGGACCUCGGGGUACCCUGUAUUUCCUUUCCAACAAUCCUUCCAUUCAUAACUAGCACUGUCUGUAUGUUUUAAACAUUUAUAUUAAAAAAUAAAAUAAAUUUAAUACAAAUAAAUAAAAAGAUUCCUAGGGGUAUUAUCUAUGAAUCAGGGUUUUAGCAAUAAACUGUACUACUGAA